ACUGCAUCCCCGCUGAACGCUCGACUUCACGGGGUGGACUGCACAUUUCUGUUGAAUAGAUUUGAAUCAACAAUCAACAAUUCAUAGUGUUUUUGAGUCAACAAUCAAGAUAAAGAUGCAGUUCAUGCUGCUGUUCAGUCGGCAGGGUAAGCUGCGGCUGCAGAAGUGGUAUGUUCCCCUGUCAGACAAAGAGAGGAAGAAGAUCUCCAGGGACCUGGUCCAGACCAUUCUAGCCCGCAAGCCCAAGAUGUGCUCCUUCCUGGAGUGGAGGGACCUCAAGAUCGUCUAUAAGAGAUACGCCAGCCUGUAUUUCUGCUGUGCGGUGGAGGAUCAAGACAAUGAGCUCAUCACGCUGGAGAUCAUCCACAGAUACGUAGAGCUGCUGGAUAAGUACUUUGGCAGUGUGUGUGAGCUGGACAUCAUCUUUAACUUUGAGAAGGCCUACUUCAUCCUGGAUGAGUUCCUGCUAGGAGGAGAGGCUCAGGAGACCUCCAAGAAGAACGUACUGAAGGCUAUAGAGCAGGCCGACCUGCUGCAGGAGGAAGCUGAAGCCCCACGGAGUGUCCUGGAGGAGAUUGGCCUGACAUAAACUCCCUCAUCACUGACCCAACUAUCUCCCUCUCUCUCUCUUCACGGGGCCCAAACAUCUUGUUCUCGCUCCUUUAAUGUGCUGUAGUGUUGUCUUGUACUAAAACUCUAUCAUGUUGUUCAUGUUACUUGUGCCAAAUGUCUGUUCCUUUGUUUUGUACCUCGUCAACACUCACCUUUUGAAACCCCUAGGGUAUAUGCAGCCAGUAGCCACAAACUACACCAAUAAUAACUGAAAUCUCACCCACCUUAAGUCCUUAAGUGACGGGCACUUUAACUCCAGUCUAGAGAACUUAAAACAAUUUAAAGUAUAUCAUAAAGAGUAAGAAACCCCAUUUUACUUAAAUGGGAUGUUCACAAGUAAAGUAAGCAAAACGAUGUCAGUAUUUUUAAGAAGUGUUACAGUUUAAAGUAUUCAUGUUCAUUUUUUCAUUGUUUGACCAAAGAACACUGUGUUAUAAUCAUAUCGUUUUGAAGAUAAAUGGUGUUUAGGGAAAAAUAUGUGCUCUCUCAGGGUUGGGGUCAAUUCUAUUUAAAUUCCAAUCAAUUCAGAAAGUAAACCAAUUUACAAUUUUAACUCUUUGAAGGAAAUGUGCAUUGGAAUAUCAGUGUAUUCCUGAAUUUAAAUGGAAUUGACCCAAGCCUUGCUCUGUAUAGCCUGAGUCCCAGAUCUUUGUGCUGUCUUGCUACCUCCUAUGUCGUUCAGUUGGGAAGAAAGCACAAACACACUGGGGACUCCUCCCAUUCUGCAUGCUUUAAAAGGCAAGGGAAGAGUAACACUGGGGACUCCGCCCACUCUGCAUGCUUUAAAAGGCAAGGGAAGAGUAACACUGGGGACUCCGCCCACUCUGCAUGCUUUAAAAGGCAAGAGAAGAGUAACACUGGGGACUCCGCCCACUCUGCAUGCUUUAAAAGGCAAGGGAAGAGUAACACUGGGGACUACGCCCACUCUGCAUGCUUUAAAAGGCAAGGGAAGAGUAACAUUGGGGACUCCGCCCACUCUGCAUGCUUUAAAAGGCAAGGAAAGAGUAACACUGGGGACUCCGCCCACUCUGCAUGCUUUAAAAGGCAAGAGAAGAGUAACACUGGGGACUCCGCCCACUCUGCAUGCUUUAAAAGGCAAGGGAAGAGUAACACUGGGGACUCCGCCCACUCUGCAUGCUUUAAAAGGCAAGGGAAGAGUAACACUGGGGACUACGCCCACUCUGCAUGCUUUAAAAGGCAAGGGAAGAGUAACACUGGGGACUCCGCCCACUCUGCAUGCUUUAAAAGGCAAGGAAAGAGUAACACUGGGGACUCCGCCCACUCUGCAUGCUUUAAAAGGCAAGGGAAGAGUAACACUAGUGAAAAUGAACAAAAAGGGAUUCUGUUACUAAUCAAACUUCUAUUUGUCACACAAUGUUUUAACUGUCAAUGAAAAUGCAUUUAGGCCACUUGUUUCGUAGCCUGGUUCUGAACUAGAAUAUUCAGUUUGACUCAUAACAGGCUACUUGUUAUGAGGAAGGUUGUGACAAUUGAAGCACAAAUCAUGAGGCACUCCCACUAUGUCACUGCCUGUGCUUAGUGCACACGGACAUGACCAGUUAUUGAAUUGUUUACAAAAACCAUGGGUUAAAGAAGCCUAAACCUGUUGCAAUUCCCUGUCUACCGUACAGACUGCUCCUCCUUUACCAAUGACCAGAAUGGUGUCCUGUUAGGACAUUUAAUGUUCUAUGUAUCUGUCAGCUUGUACUGUAUUUGCUUUUUAACUGUGGUGACAUCCCAUAUGGCACGCUAUUCCCUACAUAGUGCACUACUUUUGGCCAGAGCCUAUGAAGAAGUGCACUAUAUAGGGAAUAGGGCACCAUGUCUUGCUCCUGUGUACAUUAUGAGUCAUUUCAAAGUAUUGCAUUUCUUUUACACAGACAACUGUCACUACUUCAGUUCUCUUAAAUACUGUAAAUCAUUAAAACAAAUGUCUAUGGAUUAGCAGAA